UUCUGUAUUGCGUCCUCGAUUCCAAAUAGAUAAGUAUAAUUCUUAUCAAGGUAGUCUCAAUGUUGUAUCAUAAUAUUCAUUUGUCAUAAAUAUUGAAGCUGGUGCUUAGAUCCAAGUGCACCAUAUAAAAUCAGUUUUCAAGUAUAAUACUUUGCUUAUAGGUAUUAUGGAUUUGAGUGAACAGACAGAGAACCCAUGUGAACCAAGCACUUCGAAGAAUGACGACGGAGUGAUCUCUGUAGAUGUUUCGAGCGAAGUACUCGUAGACUCCAUCACAGAAGUUCCACCAGACUUAAUCAUGACUACUGAGGGAAAUGUAGAAAACGGAGAGGAUCCAACAAGACUGACUCUGGCAUAUGAAAGACUGUACGAAAUCCCACGCACCAUAGUUGAACGGUUUGCGGACCAUGUCCGGCACCUGGACAUCAGCCACAACAAAAUCACGAAUCUGGACCCCCUUGUGCACUUUAAGCACCUCACAUCACUGAUCGCGGAUGACAACCCCAUCACAGAGAACUGUGUGUUGCCACCGUUACCCAAACUACAGCUGUUAUGGGUCAACUAUUGCAAGAUUGGCUCCCUGUACCCAUGGGUCGCUAAGCUGAAGGAAUCCUGCCCCAACUUGCAGUAUCUAUGUCUCAUGGGCAAUCCGGCGGCGCCGAGUUAUCUCAACGGCGGGAACUUCUACGACUACCUACAGUACAGGCUAUUCGUAAUCUCCCAAUUCCCGUCCCUCAACCACCUGGACGACCGCAAAGUCACCGAGGACCAACGAGCCGAGGCCCAACGUCUCUACAAGAGGCCGUUCUUCGAAAGGAUCGUGAAGCCCAGCUCUGGAGGUAUCGCACAAUUCAUACACGCUCCCGUGAAAUGGAGCAGAUUUCAGAAUAAGAUCACCUCUUUGUGGGCAGGUAAAGAGGAGAGGAAUUUGUUGAUUUAAGCACACUUUUGAUUAAAAAUUGUAUAAUGGUACAAAGUCGUCAAGGACCAAACCGAGGCCAAAAGUCUAUUCAAGAGGCCGUAUUCGAAUGGGUUGUGGAACCCAGCUCUAGAGGUAUCGCACAACUUAUAGGGAGCGGCAGAAUUAUAUCAGCUCCCUAUAGGCAAGUAAAGAUAGAAAUUUGUUGAUUUAAAUACAUUUUGAAUUAAAUUCUAAUAUAAAUACUGAAAACUCAGCGAGGACCAAACCGGGGCCCAAAGUCUAUUCAAGAGGCUGUUCUUCGAAAAUGAAUCGGAAGCCCAGCUCUAGAGGUAUGCAAUCAACAUACACAAACCGGUAAAAUGGAGCAGCUUUCAGAAUAAGAUCAGCUCCUUGUGGGGAGGUCAAAAGGAGAGAAAUUUGUUAAAUAUCUUUAUUAUUUUUUUCAUUAAUGUCGAGGACCAAAAACCAGAGGUCCUUAUAGACGAAUUGUUGUAGCUCGAGUUCGACCUAACAAACGUAAAAUGGAACAGUUGGAAAACUAAUAUUAGCGUCUAGUGGGCAAAAAAAGAGGACAGGAACUAUAACUAUAUUAUCUUAUAUUAACCACAGUUACCAAGGACCAAACUGAGGCCCAAAGUCUGAGCAAAGAGGCCCAAAUGCACAGGGAAGAGUAGGCUCAAAUACAGAGGAAUUUACAUAGCAGCGUGAAAUCAACAUAACCUAUCCUCUCAGAGGAACAAUCGAAAAAUAAAUCUGUUGAUUCUUUCUUAUACAUAUGAAUAGAGAUUAUUACCAAAAUUACAAGAAGAUAGUACGUAUUACAACCACGUGUGAAAUUAGUUAAAAUUGUAUAUUUUUUCGACUAAAUAAGUCACUCAUUGCUCUCUAUCCGAUAGCUGACGUACACAAGACGUCCGUGGUAAUCGUUUAAAUAAAUAAAAAAUCAUUCUCUUUCUGAAAUAUGGAAGAUUGCUUUGUAGAUAAUUCAAGGUUUAAUACUAUUGUUUAGUAGACAAGACUUCCAACAUUCCAAAAAGCAAUAACUGCCAUUUGAAUUCGGAACUGAUCGACGAAUGGUUGUGAUUUAACGUUUACCCGUUUUUAAAAGAAAUGUCAAAUAAUGUAGUACAAUUUAGUAUCGUCGUUACAUUUUCAUAUGAACUCUUGGAUAUGAGUCAUCACCAUCAGUCAUAUUCGAUCAAAUUGUCGUGACGCAAAAUUUACAGAUAGUAUGCUUAUCUUGCAAUUUCGACACAUACUAUACCUUAUCAGCAAACAUAACAACGUCGAUAAAACUGCCAAACGCCGAUGAAAAUCUUGCCAUAUCAUAUCUAAUCAUAUGAAUCAUAGGUAUAUGUAGAAGCAAAGUCAGUUCUACAGGUGUAACAAAACUCGUGGGGAUCCGUUUAAGGGCACAUUCGUAUCGUGUUUUGAUUAGGAAAAAGUGGAAGAAAAAUUUUUUUUGACGCGAAAAAAGGUCGUCUAAGUCGGCCAACCCUCCAUAAAAGGGCAAAAAAAUUGCGUUUGACGGGUCAAUAUAUAUUUUUUGGCCUUUUUUUCUUUUUAUACAAUUUGGCUGGUUUUAAGAGCUCCUAUAAUAAAUACGGAAUUCAAAUCGUGACGAAAAAAAUCGACAGUAAAGUACAGGGAGUUUAUUUAGUCACUAUCGGUUCAAACCCGAAAUCUCGAAAAAAAAUGUCCGACUGACCUUGAGAUUUUCUAUGGGACAUAUUAAGUAUCUUUUACUAUGGACCAAUCCCGAAAACGCAAAAAAAAAAAAAAUUACUCUGCCAUAGAAAAUGCCAAGGUCAGAGAGCCGAAAUGUACGAACAGACAAUUUGUUGUUUUUUGCGAUUUCGAGGUUGGUCCCAUAAUAAAAGUUGUUCAGUAUGACCUAUAGAUUCAUCCCGUAAAUUAUUGCAGGCGACUAAAUAGACACUCUGUAUAAAUCUGCCCUUAUAAGAGCUGGUUGCACCUAAAUGUCACCAAGUUCGUUGUCAUUUGCUUAAAUGAAGUGUGGCAGUUCUCGAUCAUAUAUUGAAAGUUAGUUGAUAGUGCGCGGUGCAACUGGCAACACGUUACGAGUAUAAUGUGCCAAAGAAAUAUACAAACUCAAGCUCAAAAACAUUGCCUCAUUUUGGGGCAGUCAGGUUGAAAACAGUAGUUGAUAAGUGCAUUGUUUUUUUAUGCACGCACGUUUUGAUCUCGACUGUAUAGCACCCGAAAUAAGGUGCGACCAGACCGCAGCUUAAAAAACGGUCACGAUACGGAAUGGCAGUGACGCGUCGUAUGCGUACCGUUUUUGACGUAUGCUCCCCCCUUCAUUCUCGAUAGAUCCAGUCUAUAGAUCCAAAAUGGAUCUAGUGAGAAAACACCGCUGCUUAAAAAACGGUGACGGUACGGAAUCGCAGUGACGUGCUUCACGCGAAUCUUUUUUGUUCGCAAAUUUUUGCGUCUUUUACGUCAUCGGUGUGGUGUCUGCCAUAAGAUCUCCGUGUAAUAUUUUUUGCGAUUUUUACGCAGAUCAAUUUACGGUGCGUCAGCGUAUUUUAAGCAGCGGUGUGGGGAGCAUGCGUCAAAAACGGUACGCAUACGACGCGUCACUGCGAUUCCGUAUCGUGACCGCUUUUUAAGCUGCGGUCUGGUCGCACCUUAAAGAGUGAAAUAUCUGUUAAAUAACAUUGUUGAAUAAUAUGUUAUAUACUCUUACUAGAGCAAUCCAUGUCUUACCUACGUAAACUUGUAUUUUAUCAUAAUGUGCUUAAGGCUUAUAUUGCUAUUGUUCAUUGUUAUUGUUCUUGAGUAAUUUUGCUAAAAGCGAUCAAGUUACUGCGCAAUUAAAACACAUUUACACUAAGUGUCUGUUGUCAUCGAAAGCGCUUAUUUAUUUGAGCCGCCUGUUGCUGCCUCUAUUGCACGCGUAUAAUUAUAUUGCUGUCACACUCGCACAGUGACAUAGACAACCGGCAUCAUGGGCGGGCAGCAAUGUCAUUAAUUAUGCAGCAACAGCCGGGUCAAUGUACGAAAAUCUAUGUGGAUAGCGUCUUUGCUUUAUAAGUUUUGUAAUAAAGCUGACAUUGAAAGUACUGGAUAACUUGUAGCGAAAACUCCUUUUUAGCUUUUAUACUAUGAAUAAUAUCUAUAAGAAUUCAUGAUAAUAACACUUUUCUCUAUAUAGUAUAAUUUCAAUGACUGAUUAGUAUCCAUGUUUCAAAGUUUUGAUACAUUCUAAAUUAAAUCAACAUGUUUAAUAGGUACCUAUUUGUCUUCUUAAUACAAUAUUUAUUAUGGAAUAUUCAUUAUGGUAAAGGAAUUAAUAAAUUUAAUAAUAUACUAAUACCCCCUUAUCCAUAAACGUGUACUAAAGUUACGAUGCCGCUAAUCAUCGUUUGUCCCUUUCCAUCAUAUCAAUUCGUCGGAAAGGGACAAACGAUGAUUAGCGGCAUCGUAACUUUAGUACACGUUUAUGAAUAAGGGGGUUUAAAGUUUAUUCAUUGAAACAAUUUUAACUAAAGUUUCAUAAAAAUAGAUGACAAUUACUAUAUGCGAAUAAACAAAAUUUCUAAAUUUUAAACAUGUAUAAAAAGUAGAUUUUUACCCUAAUCUCUAUUGAUUAUAAAUCCUAACCCUAACCUAAAAAAAUCUAACAAUAAUACGUAUGUAACUGUCUUUCGUCCAUUUCCUCGUAAGUGUUACUAUAUACUAUUUAAUUAGAUUAAGGCAAACGUUUAUACAGGUAUUUAUUGUUUAAUUAUUUACAGUAAUAAAUAAAAUUAAGAAACAA